CUUCCUCCAUCUUGGCGCUGAACCUUCAGGACAAGCCCAGGCUUUGCAUCGACGGCGACUCAACGACGUGAGCCCCAUCGAGAGUCGCUCGACUACCAUCACAUCCGUCAUUAGCACACAGUGGGCAUAGGCCAGCAAUUGCCCCGUCCCGCUAUUGGCCACACGCUUCACGGCAUUCGCCGGCCGUCCCGACUCGCACCGCUUGUGCCUUGGCCGCAAACCGAGACGGUCUGCUUGCUGCAGCCGACACCGCCGACAUGAUAGCCGAUCGCCCGGCUCCGGAUCGUUUCAGGCUGUCGUUUGACCGAGAGGUGUUUCAUAUCCAGCUGAGCGAAGCCGAGAUCUGGUCGGCGUGCAUUAACCAAACCGACGACGACCAAUGUCUGGACUACAACCCGUCGCUUGCCGCUCAUGCAGACGGCCCUCGAAUCGCACCCUCGCCCCAACGGUCUGUGAUGAACAAGAUCGGUUUUGAGCCACGCCGAUCUCCUGAGCCGCGAGAUCUGGCCAACCCAAGUCCUGCCCAUACGCCGCACCGGCGCUGCGAAACGAGAGCAGCAGACAGCCCCAGCGAGCAGCCGGCUCUUGAGACCAUCACUCGCCUCCAGUCCAUGAUACGGACCAGCAGACCCAGGGCUGAUUUCUUGGCGAAGCGAAGAGCUGCGGCCGUAAUACAAGCUGCCUGGAGGAAACGCAUGCAUUCUCAUCGAUCGUCCGUGGCACCCGAUCAUCCAUUCGAUGCUACUGUUGAUCCGACAAUAUCACCACCAAACGAUCAUCACGAACCCAACAAAGCGCAUACCCACAACGCACAGGCGAUGCAACCCGACAUGGCUGCCGUCAGCAUAUUCGAUGCUGAUGGGAACGAUAGCGAGCCCGGCUCGGGCCCUGAGGCUCCGUUGCCGCCAUGCCCUGAUUUGUUUCUGAAGAGGGCGCAAUCCGACCCGUCCGAGGCAGUCGUCGAUCUCACUGAAGAACAGCUGCCAGCUGACAGCGAAGCCUCCGUUGACGAGAAGGCAAAACUCCUGGCCGAGCUGGAGGCCCUGAGAGAGAAGCGGCGGAUGCUUCUCAGCAUGAAGCACACCCAAGCUACACCAAGCCUUGACGAUGGCAUCUCCGCUGUAUCCGCCGAGAGUGCUACCGACACCUCAGCCGCCAUCCCCAAGGCGCCGCUUCUGGCCAGUGACGACUGUUUGAGCCCGCCUAUGUUGUCAUUCAGUGAAGCAAGCCGACCUGCGACUGCUGGCCACCCCGAAACAAUCGCAAGCGAACCAGCGACGAUGAUCCCAGCGCCUCUAUCAUCCAUGCCAGUCUCGACGAUGGCGACUCCGAAUCAAAGCCGGCUCCUGCCGAAUCAGUAUCCACCGAUGCCAGAUCCGGAUGAUAUCCUGUCGCUGCCUCCAAAGGCACUGCAGAUGCUGACAACGAUGAACACUGAAAUCAACGGGCGGCGAAUGUGCGAGCAUGUGCUCGUUAUCACUCCGAUGGUCGGGGCGCCGCCGCCAAGUCCGACAUCCACCAUGAUCGAGCGAAUACAGGAGCGAAGGCGGCACGGUACGCCAUGGACCCCGAAACCGAUUAAGGAUGAUCUCAGCGAUAGCGAAGGCAGUCAACUAGCCGCAACCGAAUCUCCGGCCAAGCCGGAGUCGCUGAAGCGAGCGUUCGUGGAAACUGCCAUGGCCGGUGAUCCUGAAGCAGAAACGGCGGGGUUGGAUCAUGGAGCUCGAAAGACAAAGCGUAUCCGGUGGAACCCAGACUUUUCGAUAUGCUAUUUCAACGAGAAAGAAGCAACCCAAAGCGUUACUCUGGAUAUGCUCGACGGCGAUUCUUCACACACCCACGUCAGCGCCGAUUCAAAAUCGCUGAUUGGGGGUGUUCCGCCGUCGCGAGGCACAGCCACCAGCCACAGACGCAAGUCAGCUUUAAGGCUUGCAGAACACGACCUCAAGUCACCCUGGACAUCAGAGGCUUUUGCUGAGACUGUGGUCGAGUACUCGCGAUAUGUCUACGUUGCACCCACAACCGCAUCAAAUCCCGCGGCGGGCCGAUCAAGCAAAAAGUCCAGGCCUCCUGCUGUGGCGGUGUCGCGAGCGCCGGCAAAAGGAAAGGUGGGAUCUGGCAUGAAGGGGACAACCGGAAAGCCUGCGAACGAAGGCGGUGGUGCGCUUGCGGGAGGGGCGAGGCGGUCUGCUGCAAAGAAAAUGUGAGUCGCUGCUGGAUCUGAGGUGACGAGUUGAGAUGAAGCCCAUCGGUGGAUCUGGCCAUUGCUGGCACUCUGGCAAUACAGUCAUGCUACAAUCUUCACGAACCAAAGCAGAAAUAACCUGCUACUGUGGCCGAUGGACACCUCUGGCACUAG